CUGCUGCCGGCGAGCGCGCGAUGUGCAUACCGACCGCGGCCUGCGACGCUGCACCCGAGGGACACACAUGAUCCGCUAACACAUUCCUACUUAUUACGUACUGUGACCAAAGUGUUGUGCUGUGAGGAUUUAUUACUAUUAUAUUCAUAUUUAUUCCGGUUUACACAAACAAGCUAAGAGGACUUCUAUUAUAUUUAAGACCACAACACACAUGACUCCAUAGUCUUCAAGAUGGUGGACACACAACACUUCUGCCUCCGGUGGAACAACUACCAGAGCAGCAUCACCAGCGCCUUCGAGAACCUACGGGAUGACGAAGAUUUCGUCGAUGUCACUCUCGCCUGUGACGGCAAGAGUUUGAAGGCCCAUAGAGUGGUCUUGUCGGCUUGCAGCCCGUAUUUUAGGGAGCUGUUAAAGUCAACACCAUGCAAGCACCCAGUGAUCGUGCUCCAAGACGUGGCGUUUACUGAUCUUCACGCGUUGGUGGAGUUCAUCUACCAUGGAGAGGUGAACGUGCAUCAGAGGAGCCUGUCUUCAUUCCUCAAGACAGCUGAGGUGCUUCGAGUGUCGGGGCUCACGCAUAAUGAUAAUGCUCAGGGGCCACUACUGCAGCCGAUGCGGGCUCCGUCAACGACUUCCCCGCACACGCCGCCCCACUCAGCCCACAGCACGCACAUCAGCCACGCGCCAUCCUACGACCGCCUGGAGGAAGCCCUGCUGCAGCCCACAUCCUCCAGCGUGCAGCAGCUCAUGCGCCGUACCCCUCUCCCGCCGCGCCGCCUCAGCCGCUCCGCCGACAACAGCCCUGACGUCAUCAAACGCCCCCGUCACGACAACAACAACGAACAACCCCAGAUCCAUGCUACCGACUUUUCCACCAAGAACAAUACUCAUAGUCGCCAUGAGACGGGAAACAACGGGAAUGGCAUUUCCAACAGCAGCUCGUCCCCUUCUCCCCGGCUGAUCGAUGAAGUGAAGAAUGAGCCGAUUGAUAUGUGUCCGUCUUCGAACCCGGAUAUUGAUAGGAGCACGGAUGAUACGCCGCCUCAUCAUCAUAGACCACUUGGAGGGGGCCCGCCGUCCCGCGGCAGCUCGGCCGAUGCUGAGGAGUGCACGCCGCCACCGCACCCGCCGCCUUUCAUACAGCCUCCGGAAACCAAGCUCUUCAACCCGGCGAAUACAUACAACUUUCCCAUGGACGCACUGACGCAUCCCUCUUUGACUGGUCUGCAAAGUCCAUUGACUCCGGACGGCAUCGCAAGUACUUCCCAAGCAGUACCGCCCCUCCGUAUGCCCCCGCCCACCGCCGGCGGUAUCAACGAGCCCCAAGAGUGUCCUUACUGCCGCAGGACAUUCUCUUGUUACUAUUCCUUGAAACGACACUUCCAAGACAAGCACGAGCAGUCGGACACGCUGUACGUGUGCGAGUUCUGCCACCGGAGGUACCGGACCAAGAACUCGCUGACGACGCACAAGAGCCUGCAGCACCGCGGCUCCAGCGGCAUGCUCAAGCGGCUGCUGAAGACGUCGGCGCUCCACUCGGCGCUGGCGCCCUCGCCGCACCACCUGUUCGACCUGGGUGCCGAGCACGGCCCGCAGCUGCCGCCCGGCCUGCAAUGACCUCAGACCAUGGCCUAGACCCCGGGCACAGCUCCCCGUUGCGAAUACUCCUGGCCUGCUCGCCAGGCCUAUUCGUAACGCGGCUCGACACUCGCGCUCACGACAUGGACGGCAUCAUAUGUGCAAUAUAACGGACAAUGCCAAAACAAUGCAGGACUAUGCCGCAUUUAUGGUUAAUCGUAUUAUAAUUAGUUAAAUAUUGACGUUAGGGUUAAAAAUUACAUAAACAGUAUUGUCGCACGCGACUGCUAGGAGUCGUUUAGUGUACGCUUCGAGGAUCGGACUUCGCUUUGUGACUAGUUCGUAACAGUCGCGAGUUACGCCAUUUUCUAGUGAAAAUGUUCCAACAGUGUUCAAUAUGACAAUGUAAUCCAGAGCAAUACUAAAGUAUUAAUAUUUCUAGUACUGCCAAAAUUAUGCCAACUGUAUUCUAAAAUGAAAUACAUUUUUUAAAAUCACUUUUCGAUAAAUGUCUAGUGUCAAAUUAGAUUCGAUAACUGUACAAAAUGAGAACGUACAAAUUUUAAACCGUAAAUAUUAAAAGAAAUGCAAAGAAAAUAUUUUUUAAAGAAACUUUUUUCGGAACGCCAAAUCUAAAUUAAUUAAAAUGAUACAGAUUAUUUAGCGGUUAAUUACAAAAAUGUUUAGAUUAAAAGUAAAAAAAAAAAAUGUUGAUGUUGAGUAAAAAAAAUUAAAGACUUCUUAGAAUCUGAUUUCGAAAGUACAAAAUUUAACGUCUAACAAUAUCUAAUCUAUGUGCGUUUGGCUUCAAUAAUAAAUAAAUGAUUAUGAUCAAUGUGUAAGUAGCCGUGCCUUCGUUCGUCUUCGAAAUAUUAAUGGAUGAAUUUCUGAACUGACGAGGAGUAAAGGCAAGUGACGGUUCACGGACGAAUCAAAGUUGGCGGUGACGUUUCGAAAAGGGAAAAUGCUCUAGGGUUGCCACGCUCCGGUGGGAUCCUUGAAUACAGGGUCAAGAGUGAGUAAACAGACGUAGGAAAUAGAGGCGCUGGGUUGCCAGAAAGUGGGUCUUCGAAAAGCAGUUCGACGAUCGUAUACGUGUGCAUGAUUACAAAUCAUGAAACAAAAUCAAACAUUUCUUCUGUAUAGGAAUACGUAGACUUUAGGUAUUAAUUAAUAGAAUUAUAUUUAACCUGUAUCCAUUUUCGGAUUUCUCUCUAUGAGUGUAUAGUGGUUCUUAUUUAAAUGUCGACCAACGUAGCUGAUGUCUCGUUAUUGAAAAUUUAUUAGAUUAUUAUUAUAUUAUUCUCAAAAAAAAUCUUAGGAUUACCUAACCAUAAGAUGGCUGCAAAUUGUAUAAAAAUUUAUUUUAUUUACUUAUAUCGUAGAAAAUUGCUUGCGAACCGCGUUUUUCAGGUAACACGACAUAUCUAUUCAGGGUGUUUCAAAACGUAACUCGAUAAUAUCUUCAAUCGCGACCCAAUCUCUUAAACCACAUAUCACAAACAUAAAUAUCUUUAAAUGAAAGAAAGUAUUUUUAACACCGUGAUAUUUCACAAAGCCAAAGAAACUAAAUAAUGUGAAUAAUACUUGCUGAUUUGCAUUUAAUCCCGUAGAAAUAUGAAAACUUUCUGAAGAUAGUUAAAAUACUAAAAUGUAUUGUGCCAUAUCCAUUUUACGCGUUCUAUAGAAUUCUCCAAAUUAACGAACAUAUCAAGUUCUGUUCACUCAAAGUGACAUGAAAUCAUCAUUUCGCAAUUAGUACUAAAACGUCAAUGCAACAUACAAUAGCAAACAUCUAUACAAUACGUUGUUUUAGAGCAAUUAACAUUAUUUUUUUGCAUUUAUUUUUCAAAUGUUAAGUAACUUGGGUAUAGGAUCGUAAUGUAGGUAUUUUUUGUAUUUUUACUUUCUUUUUCCGAAUGUUACAUAUAUGUGUACUUUGUGAUAUGAAAUACAUUUAAUGAGAAGUUGUUUGGUAUAAUCCAGAUAUUUUAACAUUUAAGUUUUAUCAUUUUAUCCUCAGCUUAACUAGAUGUUAACGGCGGGUUGAUUUCGAAGUAGUUUUACAUGGACAUUAGCCGGUAAAGCCCGUAUACCUCCAUUUAUGUAGUACCUCAACUAUAUUAUUUUGUUUUUUUAUUUUUAUUUCAAUGUUACAGGCUGUUUAAUUUUUAAUAUAAAAAAAAGAAACACGUCGAUGAAAUAAUUUGGGAAAUAUUAAAGAUCAUAGAAUCAUAUUUAGCUGGAGCUUAGAAGGGAAAAGCAAGCGGGUAGUUUGAAUUGUAAAUAUAAGUUAGAAUACUUACAUAACUGAGUAUCGUGGCAUCGUUCGGGAAUACAAGCCUCGUGAUAUUAUUAACUAAAUAGUAAAUAGAUAAAAUCAUUAAUGGAAAGGAUUUUUAUAUAUUCUACUAAUGGAUUUAUUAAUAGUGAAACUUAGACUUAGUCUUCAUAAUGUUUUUUAAAUGUUUGUGUUUAUUGUUUUCGCUGUGCAAUGAUUUCUUAUUGGUUUGGCUGUUCAUUGAGCUUAUUGUUGACUGCUUCGUUGAAAUAUUGGAUUUUACAUCCCCACUUCUUUUGUGGAAGUUCUUUUUGUGAAUUAUUUGGAAGUAAUUUAUCUAAAUUGAUCUCAGUUGACAGCUGCGUACUACAUCAAUAUCGGAGACAGCCGUUGGUGAUUGUUGUUAGCUCUUAAACUAUUGUAAAAUUUGUGUUAAGUUUGGAUUAUAUGUCGGCAAAAAAGGAGGUUCAAAGUCGCAGCGUAAAAAUUUAAAAUUCAAUUAAAAAAUCACGAAAAUCAGUCGCUAAAAAUACAGCGAAACAAUAAUAAUUAAAAGUAUAUUUUGCAAUGUAUACCAAAAUACUGCAUUUUUAAAUAGUAAGAUGAAAGUGAGAAAAUCUUUUUUUAUAUAUAUUACGUGUAAAUUAUAGCAGCCCUUUAAAUCCGCAAUAUAAUUUUUCGCUUCUUCGCCAGUUAAUAACGUUAAGUUUAAAGAAAUAAUUUAAUAAACAGACUGUGUUACUAAUUAGUGUAAUGCACAAAUGAAUCAACAACGGGAUGCCUUCUAACAGUACAACUUUAACAAUAGCCUACACUAGAUAAAUAUAUAAGAAUCGCGUACUUUAGAAUGACUAUAUGGGCGUAGCUUUCGUCUCAAAAUAGUUGCAUAAAAUAUCUAGAUUAAUGUACUCUUUUAUGAGGAACAGCUAGAUAACGAUCUUAAAGUUGAGUAUUGAUCCACGCUCAACACUCGGGCGGUACGUUGUGGAUCUAUGCUCAGUUUUCGGAUCGUGUUUCGCUAGCUCUCUGGUAGCUUUAUGUAGUAAUUAGGCUUCAGUAUCUGAGCCAAUCUACUCCCAAAUGUCAUUUUAAAGUAUUUUUAUGGUCAGUUUUACUUUGCAAGAUCAGGCACUUUUGUAAUCAGAAUAAAGUUAAUACUGCCGGUUUUUUAAUCCGUUUUGUAUGAGUUGAUAGGGUUUUCCAUGAUUUUCCUUAGGAUUACUCGUGGAUAUAAUAAUAAUUACCUAAUCUUAUGAUAGGCAGGUAACUUGAACUUCUAUAUGAUCGAAGUUAAUCGUCUUGCGGGACUUCUCACCUGACAAAUACAUGUUCACAAACCGCUUCACAAAACUGUUUUCUUUUAAGAAAAUGAAAUGCUUUUAUCGUAAGUAUUACCUCCUAUAUUUUUAAGUAUUACCUCCAAUUAUAUAAUUUAAUUUCUAAUGUAUUAGUUUAGAGCGUUUGUUUGCCUCUGAAUACAGGCCGAUGUAUUUAUGUAUGUAUUACAGUUACAGCAUACAGACAGGACAAUGUUUUAUAUUUAUCUAAUUAUAUUGUAAAUCGCGAACGAGAUAUAACACUUGUUACAUAGUAUUUUUUCCCAUACAAUCAUUUUUUGUUGAUCCAUUUCCAUGUUUAAAAUGCAAUAGAUAUUAUCCGUUAUUAUUUUAUUUGGAAACCCUGUGGUUAUUAAAUAAAAUAGUAGCGAAACCAGAUCAUACAAUAGUUAUUUAUAAAUAAUUUAAAUUGCUCGAUCGGCGGAGGGACACCAUCUUUUUAAGAAUAAAUCGACUGCAUUUUUUAUUGAAACUGUUUUUUAAUAGUUGCUCACAAAUUAAUAUAAAAUACUUACGAACUUGUAGUUUUCGUACGAGAGUCACAGGUCGAUGUAUUCUUAAGUCAAUAGCUUUAAUAUUUAUAUCAGUAUCUUCCACUUUAAACGUAAUAUAAUUAUAAUAAUUACAGUUUUAGCAAUAGUUCCCAAUUCGCCACAGUACCUCAAUAUAAUAGUUACAUUUAUCUAUGACUUAUAAUAAGCUACAAUCAGCAGAUUUUCCUGUUUUUAAUGUCAAUUAAGAUUUUAAGGAGCUCUAUUUAUUAAUAGUGUAAGUCUUAUUUCCCAUUUUCGUUUUAAAUCGCCGAAAAGCGAAAAAAUUUCAGACUUCAAAAUUAACCUUUCAACCCCUAAAUGUUUUUUGUAGUUUAUUAUUUUAUCUUAUAAACAUUUCGUAUCAAAAAAAUCUUAGUGCCAAAUAUUGACAAUACAAUUAAAGUCAAAAUGUCAAUGAACAUCUCUUUGUAUAAUUUAACUAACUAUAGUAUCAGUGUUAAAUCUGCUAAACCUACAGUAAAUAGUUACAUUAAUAUAGUUCCGUAACUCAAAGUGCACUUACAACUUUUUAUAUAAAAAUAAUAAGUAUUAUAUACUAAGUAACACACUUGUCCCCCCGGUCGAGCAAUGUCGUUGAUAUCCCGUCUAUAACAGUACAUAAAAGAAAGUAUUUACAAUAUACACACUAUGACAUACAAUAUACUGACAGUUAUAUGCUAGAAGUAACUUUUAUCUACAGAUAAAGUAAGGCGGUGGUGCAGUUUUACCAAAAACUGUUAAUUUAUAAGCAAUUUUAUAUACAAUCCGAAUGUUGAGUGUUGAUACUGUUGAGCAUCGGAUGUCGAGUUGGACGCGUGCUCAGACGCCAGUUGAGCAUGACGUGUUGUAGUAUACUCAGUACUUAAUCUAUUAAGUGACGAGUUGUUUUCUCAUAAUGUUUACGUUUUUAUUUUUAGUAAAACUGUGCCGCUGUUUCUUGUUAUGCUCGGUAACACAUUUUAUACACAGAAAUAUUUUUUUACGAGAAAAAAAUACAAUUUAUAUUGUGAAAGUUAAUUAAGUGGCAAUUCUAAUUUACUGCAUUAUAUUUUUGCUGACACACUUAGGAUUAGAUUUUUCUUUUUUUCGUAAUUUAAUGUAUGCACGAUCUGCGUUUUUAUUAGCAUUGAUUUUCUUUUGUUUUCUUUAUAAGCUGGAUUCGUAAGUGAUACAUACGUUUGAUUACCAAAAAUUGGAAAAUUAAAUUAAUAAUUUAUUGUAUUUAGUAAUUUUGACAAAAAAAAAAACAAAACGAUCAAGCGUAAGUAUCACUUGCGACGUUUUAAUAUGCCUAAACUAAUAUUGUGUUACUAUGUAAAAGUUAUAGUUUGCCAUCGUUGAUCAAAGAUGAAAAAUAUGUGUUAAAUUUAGUUAAAUGGAGUUUUGUUAUACUUUUAAAGGGUCCGGGGAUGAGGUGUGUACAAAAAUGAUUUAUAGUAUUGUGUAUUGAUCGAAUAAGGUUAGAUGUGGGGCCGAUAGGACCUGGUAGGCUUCUCUUGAGAAUUGUUGUAAGUUACACCAGUCGGUGAAGGCACUUACAGUACUAUUGUUGUAGAUACCAGGAGGGUUCACGAGGGAUUUUAAAUCGUCACUGGAUGCAUGAGGGGAGCCCCGUCGGAGAACUGAACCCGCACCUCAUUAGUGCCAAUAUUAUAGGUUUUAUAGUAUAUAUUGCAUAGUAUGUAAUUAUAAAAGGUUUUCUCCAGGCUAAGUGCGCCUUCAGUUUUCCGAUAAGGUUCUUAUAUUGUAAAUUAAUGUAAGGUAUAUUUCGUGUUGUAUAUUUUUCGUAUGAAUGCAGUAAAUCAAUCAGUAUUAAAAUCGCAAUAGAUAUAAAAUGGGGAAAUCAUCCAAAAAUAACAUUAAUAUAUUUAAAGAAUAGGAAGCCUGAUUCGUAUUACAUUACUUGUUGGAUACACUUCAAAUACAAGGAGUGACGAAUGUUCUUGAAUAAAAAGCGCAAUGUACAACGAAUCAGUAAAUCUGCAUUGAUACUAAAAGUAGAAAACUCAUGUUUCAGUGAUAUUUAAAAAGUGGUGUCUUUACUUGUUUUGAUGUUGUUGAUAUAUGUGAAUAAGGAAUCAAUUCGGGUUGAGUAUGGUUGUCACCACGAAAAUAGAUUCUCGGUCACAUCUCCCAUUUGCGUUCCAUUGCCGGUCCACAACGGUCUUUAUCAUGACAAUACUUUACAGAGCCAGCAAUGGAACGCGAAAUGUAACCUGUCAAUCGCGUGUCAUUUUCGUGGUGACAGCAUUUUUGGUAGGAAGUUAGGAACAUAUCAGAUAGUCGGAAAACUUAGUACUAUAAGUAUCUUUGAAUCUGACUCUUUCGUCUAAACUAUACUGGAGAAAAAUAUAUCGGUUAUUUUUAGGUUUAGGUUUCUAACAAAAUCUGCGUUUCGAAUUCUCAGCGACGUAUAACAGUUGAAUGUAAGAAAAGUAUAAAAAUAAACUCGCAGUGAUUCCAUUGAU